UAGUACUAUUAAUGUCAUAAUUUUGUUUAUCGAAGUGUGAACGAAUUUGGAAUUUGUAAAGUUUAUUAAUAGAGAAAAUGUCAUAGAUAAUUUUAUAGUUAAUUAUUUACUUACGGUAUAAAAUAAAAUCUUCAAAUCUAAUAUGCAGUUUUUAGGUGUAUAGAAAUUAAUUAAUUGAUAAAAAAUGAGUAACAUUUAUAUUCAAGAGCCGCCAGCACUUGGCAAGGUCCUCUUGAAAACCUCAGCGGGUGAUAUUGAUAUUGAGCUGUGGACAAAGGAAACACCAAAGGCAUGUCGGAACUUCAUUCAGCUUUGUAUGGAGGGGUAUUACAAUGGUACGAUUUUCCACCGAGUGGUACCUGGUUUCAUAGUGCAAGGAGGUGACCCAAGUGGAGAUGGCACUGGAGGGGAGUCUGUAUAUGGAGACACAUUUAAAGAUGAGUUCCAUUCUCGACUCAGGUUUAACCGCAGAGGUUUGGUGGCGAUGGCUAACGCAGGCAAGGAUGACAAUGGUUCACAGUUUUUCUUCACCUUGGGGGCUACGCCGGAACUGCAAAACAAACAUACCAUUUUUGGAAAAGUUACAGGUGACACAAUAUACAACGUCUUGAAGCUAGCCGAGGGUCUGAUAGGCCCUGACGACAGACCGGAUCAUCCUCACAAAAUCAUCAGUACAGAAGUACUCAUAAACCCCUAUGAGGAUAUUGUGCCCAGAGUGCAAGAGAAGAUUGAAUCAGAAGAGAAACCCAAGAAGAAGAAAAAGGAGAAACAGGGUGUCAAGAACUUCGGCCUCCUCUCGUUUGGUGAGGAGGCGGAGGAAGACGAGGGAGAGGCGCAGGAGUUUAGAGGGAAGCCCAAGUCCACGCACGACCUUCUGGAGGAUCCCAAGUUGAGCAAGAAGACUGCUGCUGAGCUGGAACAAGAGCAGGAAGAAUCAUCAAAAGAAACGGAAAAAAAGAAGAUGGAAACAGAAGCGGCCGUCAGUAAUAUCAGAGAUAAGCUCAAGAAAAGAGAGAAAUCACCAGAAAUUAGUAAAAGUGAAGAUAACGAUAGUAAGAGAAGAAAGGAGAGCGAUUCCGAAGAAGAGUAUUAUUUAGGAAAAGAGAAGGACAUGGAAAGGCAGAAGGAAAGAGAUCGAAUAAGGAAAGAAAUAAAACAGCUUAGGAAAGAAAUGAAAGGCACCAAAGACGAAGAGCUCAAAGAGGAGAAGACUGAACAGAAGACUGAGAAGAAUUUGGAGGAAGACAACGAAAUGUACAAACAGUUUGUAGAAGAGCAGGAGAAAUAUAAGAAGAUGAAGGAGAAAAUACCUAAGAAAGGUGCAGCUAGAAGCAGACGAACGAAAUUUACAAAGAAACCCGUAAAAAAGAAAGCGUGGGCCAAGAAUUUGUACGAAAACCGAGACUAUCCGGACAAUUAUACCGAUUCCAAGUUCCUCGAAGAUUUAAGAAAAAAUUUGUACGUUGAAAAAGUGACUUUAAACGAAGCUGUGCACGGAUCAUUUCGCGUUGUACUACGAUUGUGCAUAUGUGUGCUGUACGCCAUCUUGUUUAUGUACAUGUACAAUAGAUGGGUUCACACGCACACUGUGAUAUAUUUGUCAAUAUCUGUUGCGUUUGUGUGUUAUUUCCUCUAUUUCGGUAUAGAGGGCGGUGAUUUGUUGGUGCAUUUCAAAAUAGUUCUUAUUUAUUUAGUGAUAGGGUAUAUAUUGUCACCGGUUUUGCACACUUUGACAGAUACGGUGAGCACAGAUACAAUAUACGCUUGGGCUGUCAUAAUGAUGGUGGUGCAUUUAAUGUUUUUCGAUUAUAACGUCCCCGCUGCGUUUGUAUCGAAAUCAUUAUCGAUAAACGCAGCGAUAUUUUCUUCUGUAUGUCUAGUUUCUCGAUUAUCGACACCGUUUGAUGCUUUUGUUCUAUUAACAAUAUCUGUUAAACUGUUCGUUUUAAGUCCCCAGUUAUUUCAAACUGUGUUACGUUCCAAUUUGUUUGUAAUGUUAUUCGUGAUAACGUUAUUGGUAACAGUUAUUUCUUUGUAUACGGUAUCGGGUGUUUGGUUGACGUACUUUGUUAUUUCCGUAUUGUUUUUGAGUGGUUAUUGCCCCGUCAUGUUCGUGAGGUGGCAGAAAUAUAAGGAUAACAUAUACGGCCCUUGGGACGAGGCUAUAAUUAAUAAUUCGGAUGAAUUCGACGAUUUCCCUUAAUAAUAGUUAUUUCGUUACGCUAGACAGACAUAUCAAAUUAUUUUCCGCGAGUGUAUGUAAGACAAAGGAAAAGCAUGUAUCUCACGCACGUAGCACAUAUAUAUGAGUCCAGUGGAGCGUUCCUCACCAUAAAUAAAUAAGCCGUUUAUUCCAUAUUUACAUUUACAUUUCUAAAUUACAUUUCAAAAGUUGUUAGUAGUUUGUUAGCAAGUUUUCUUAAAUUAUGUUAGUAAUAUUAGUUAGUAAGUUCUUAUUAAAUAUGGACCCCUGAAAGGGUAAAGGCCUCCUCCAUCUUCUUCCAGAACUCCCUGUCUUUGCCAGAUUUCAUCCAUUCGUUUCCGGCUAUCUGAAUGAUAUCAUCAGCCCACCGUCUAAUUGGUCUUCCUAUUUCUUUUUCCAAAUGGACCUUUCCAUCGUGUUGUUUCAAUAGUCUAUCUUUUGUCCACAUAUCUUGAGAUGUGGCCGGCCCAUUUCCAUUUAAGUGUGAGUGCAUGGAUAAGAGCAUCAGUCACUUUAGUUUUUUGUGUGAUGGUCACAUUCUUCACUUUAUGAAUUUUCCUAAUCUUCAACAUGCUUCUUUUCAUUGCUCUCUGAGUACAUUUAAUUUGUUGUUUUGCUUUGUUUGUAAAUAUCCAGGUCUGGCAACCGCAUAGUAAGCAUGGUAAAAGACACGAAUCGAAAACUACUUUUUUCAAGUGCAUGUCGUAAUUUUCUUUAAGGACUUCAUUCUGUGACCAAAAUUUUUUCCAAGUUAUGUUGAUUCUUCUUGUUAUUUCAUCUUCGUUAUUCAACUUGUUAAAUGAUAGCUGCUCCUCACCAUAUAAAUAAACAUUACAUUCAAAUUAUCCUACUAGCGACUAGCGGACGCCCGCGACUAGAACGAACAUACAGACAGGCAGACGAAAUUUUACUGAUUGCAUUUUGGCAUCAGUAUCGAUCACUAAUUACCCCCUGAUAGUUAUUUUGGAAAUAUAUUUCAUGUACUUAAUUGACCUCUCUACAGAUUUAUUAUAAGUAUAUAUUACCUCUGAGCUCACCGCCUCUUCGAACCGUGGGCCCUAUCGCCCUAUAAUUACGCCACUGAUGUGACAAUAACUAUAGUAUGUUAUAAAUUGUAUAUAGUAUAACAAUUAGUAUAAUUUCGUCCAAUAAACAAACACAUUUGCGUUAUAUCCGUGCGGUUAUUGCCCCGUCUGCGAGAUGGAACACAAAGAUGGGUCCCGCGGCCGUGGGACGGCUAUAAUUAACAAUUCCGACGAAUUUGAUGAUUUCACAUCAUUAAUAUUUCAUUUUAAUUUGCUAAAAGCGAAGAUAUUUUAACUUUGUAUAGAAUAGAGAUUUAAGGUCAAGAAAAUGUUAACCUUAGCGAACUGGCCUGCUGUCACAAACGUCCCAAUAAAAUGUUUAUUUGCAUGAAACAAUGACGAUCAUAGCUUAGAAUGUGCACCACUACAUACUCGUAUCUCAUGAUGUGAGAGUAGAUGAGAGCAACGAAAGAGCUCGUCGUUGUGAUGGGACCAACGAUAUUUUAUAUUAUAGACAUGUUACGCGCCUACAAAAUCACCGCAAAAAGAUGAUCCUUUUCCGAAAACUUAGCUACUCCACUGAGCGCACAUAUGCACUAUUUUGUGUCUAUUUACUUAUAUUUAUGUAGACAAUAUUUAGAUAUUAUUUGUUUAAAUAACUAAUAGCGACUAAAUUAAGACAUUUAUACACAUUUGUCGGCCUCAGCUUUGAUUCGCCAGUGCCCUAUCUCUAGUAUAAAAUAACGUUGGAUGGAACAAUGUCGCAGACGCAUCCUAGGCCUGCAGAAGAGGCAAAAUAUACCGUCUAUGAUUUAGGAGUUCCAUUCCAUUCUGUCUUGGGUCAUAACUCAUAUACUCAUAAGUAGGUACUCGAACAUACGAAAAUGCGACGAAUCUACGAGACCUGAAAAAUGGGCGUUUUUACCCGACUGUUUUUUGGUAGGUAUCGUAAUUUUCAUUCCGAAUCCUUAUGUUUUUCACAAUGAUACUAUGUAAGAAAUCAUUCACUAUGUAAGGUAUAUUAAAAAUAUUUAAUUGGUAGAUUUGUGUUUAAUUUUGUUCACAAAUAAAUCAACGCCAAAGUGGUUUUCUAGAUUCAAUGCCAUAACUUAGAUAUGUUAAAUGUAUUUAUAUUUUUAUUUUAUAAGCAAUUGUUGUACCUAUUAUAAUUUUGUGAAUAAUAAUUAUUUUAAGAUACAAUAUUCUAAGAGUUCCCAGAAUUGAGAAUAAAAAUUUUCGAUGCAUGAA